AAUAUUUCCUUGAUUGAAACGUUUAUGGUUGAACUUCAGGGGGACUAAAAAAGUGCAGUGAUUACUGCUGAUUUUCAUAACGUUUCUGCGGGCUUUGAAAACCAAUCGUUUGUGCCGCCUAUAUCUAAGUGAACCACUCCUACGCAUGUAAGCUUUCCAAAUUGAUAUACGACAAUAUCUACUUUCGAUCACGUGUCUGAGACUGGCGACUUAGACGGAAAGCGCGUCAUCUCGCAUGCCCAAAUUUUCCCCUUCUGCAGUUGGGAUCCAAAACAUCUAUCUGCGGUCAUCCGCGCGGGGAGCGCGGGGUUACAACGAUGUUUAACUCGGUCAAUCUGGGCAACUUCUGCUCCCAGACACGAAAAGAGAGGAGCUCCGAGUUCGGAGAGCGCGCGGGGUGCGCCUCCAACCUUUACCUCCCUAGCUGCACCUAUUACAUGCCCGAGUUCUCCGCGGUCUCUUCGUUCCUACCCCAGGCCCAUUCACGCCAGAUCACCUACCCCUACUCCACGAAUCUUUCGCAAGUGCAGCCGGUUCGAGACGUGUCGUAUGGGUUGGAUCCGCCUGGGAAGUGGCACCACAGGGGGAACUACGCGUCCUGCUACACAGGGGAGGACCUGGUGCACAGGGAAUGUCUUCCGCCAUCGUCCACCACCACCAUGACGGAAAUGCUGAUGAAGAACGAAAGCGUCUACAACCACCACCACCACCAUCACCACCACCACCACCCCAGCGCGAACCACCCCGGCGCGGGCUUUUAUUCAGGCGUGAGCAAGAAUAACGUUCUGCCUCAGGGCUUCGACCGCUUUUUUGAGGGCGCCCACUGCGGACCGGACGGGGGCUCGCUGGAGAACUGUGCGCAGCAAAAGGGCGACCCCAAGCCGGACUCGGCGUCGUCUAACGCCCCCCCGGUCGCCCUCCGCGAGAGCGAAAACCCGGAGACCGAGGAGGAUAACAUGACGCCGGGCUCGUGCGCCUCCUCGACGGGGACAAAAGACGACAGCUCGUGCAAAAACGACCAUUCUAGUACCCCAAGAACGAGAAAGAAGCGAUGUCCGUACACCAAGUUCCAGAUCCGAGAACUUGAGCGAGAGUUCUUCUUUAACGUUUACAUCAACAAAGAGAAGCGGCUGCAGUUGUCCAGAAUGCUAAACCUCACUGAUCGACAGGUCAAAAUCUGGUUCCAGAACCGACGGAUGAAGGAAAAGAAAUUAAGCAGAGAUCGCUUGCAGUAUUUUUCUGAGAACUGGAAGGCAGAAGAAGUGAAGAAUGCAGGGUUUUCUAUUUCUACACCAUUGUAAGCUGUUGUUUAUGCUUGCUGUUUACAUGUUAUGCGGAGAAAAGGACGAAAACGAUAAGUAUUUGCAUCACACGCGAAAAGAAAAAUGUAACAAAAAUAAAGGAAAUUACUAAAUUGCGGCAGCUCA